AUGGAGAGUAUUCCGGGAGCGGAGAGCCUCACCCACGGGCCACCUCCGGAUGCGAACCACAUUUCGACUGAACCAGUGCAACAACUGGAGUCUGCUUCCGAGCAGACUACUUCUACUCAGAAGAAACGUUUAUCUUUACCACCUCGUUCAACUCCAACCGCCCGUCAUGCCAAACGCCUUACCCUGAAUUUCCCCAUCAACCUAAACCCCGAGAUAGAUCCAAACGUGACCUCACCCGGCUCCGUCACCCCAGUCACACAGUCCUCAACCCGGCCCUCCCCCGCUCAGCCUUCCGGGACACCUAUGUCGUUCGAUGCUCCUGACGAUGGCUAUGACUUCUUGCGGGCUAUUGCCUCGCAGGAACGCAAAGUCAUGGAACUUCGCGAAGAGCUCACCCGCGCAGAAGCAGAGCUGGUGGCAAUCAAGAAGCAAUGGGCAUCCUCGGAGAAGUCCAGGAAGCGGGCGGAGAUCAAUCACGCAGAACCGAUGAUGCCUCUCCGAUCCCCUGAUUUUUCAACAACCGAGGCAUCGAUCUCCCAUAACCGAGAGCAGAGCAUCAGCUCGGUUGGGAGCUCGACCGUAUCGCAAGAACGGAUCAGUCGGGAUCUUGGUCGACGCGCUAGCGUUAGGGCUUCUGCUGCGGCUCCGGGCACCAAAAUUGGUACAAAUGGUCGGCGAGUCUUCCAAGGCGCGCAUACUCGCACUCUUUCUCUUCUGUCGCCCGCUACAACCUCCAGCAUUGCUACCGGUGAGCCGGGUUCUGCUAGGGCUGAUCGCGUGGGUCGUACCCCGCGGUCUGCGACGUUACCAUCUGUCGAGCGUAAUAAUGCUGCUAUCGCACAGCUAGACGAGAGCCAGGUACCGGAACAUCUACUUGCACAAUGGCGCAAGACUCUUCCCCCGCCUUCACGGGAGGCCUUGAUGCGCACGGGAAAACAAAUGGCAUCUGAUUUACGGGAGGGGCUUUGGACAUUCUUGGAAGACAUCCGACAAGCCACGGUGGGCGAAGAAGGAAUUAGCGGAACUCAAACACGAAACAUGUCACCACCCAACUCAUUGGCACCACCGAACGGUCGCAAGAGGGAUUCACUGGCGAAGUCCCGAAGCAGAGAGCGGUUAUUAGCGGACGGCAAGCUGUCACGAUCAUCGUCGUCAUCGUCGUCGCGGGGAAGGGGGCCAGCGGCCGAGACAAAAACUGGUAAAGACACCAAGCCGGCGGAAAUUUCCACAUCUUUCUGGAACGAAUUCGGCAUUGAUACACCAGCUCAGAAGUCUCCGAACGGGCCUCGCACCCCCUCCGCCAACAGAACCACCGACCGAAGCGAGGCGACCGAAGCCGAACAGCGCGAUCACCGCUCCAGCAAUCAAGCCGAAGCGCAGAAUGACGAUUUCGACGAGUGGGGUAGCUGGGAAACGCCCCUAUCCGCGAAAAAGAUGCACACACCCUCCUCGAGCCGAUCAACUGUGGAAUCAAAACCUGAUCAAUCACCCACUACACAGGGUAGCAGCCCUCGAACCAGCGCUAGUUUUGGCGAUUGGAACCCACCUUCCACUUCGCUGGACCCUAGUGUCUCCGAAGGCAUUCCCUGGCCUGCUAUCACCAAGCUUGCUCCCUCGAAGCUUCAACGUACUGCUUCCAACUUGAUGGCUGAGUGGGAGCGCUCAUUGUCGCCUUCUCCAGAGCGAACUCUCAGCCGCAAGGACAGCAAGAAGGACUAA